AGCUCCUGCAGUUCACUGGUGGCAUCCUAGCUUACCUUGUAAAAGAACAAUUGUUUUCUACUCAUAUGGGAGACCACAAACUGUUUAAUCUGAAGCACAGGCAGACAGGACUGAAAUGUCAGAUUAGAAUGAGCCAAACACUUGGUGGGAACAUAGUAGCUGUAACACAAAUAUAUUUGAGUCCAAGCUUUGAUAUUUCUCCUUAUCCUUGUGGUUUGUUUGUUCUCAUAAUUCGCCUUGAAAAACUUUGAGAACAAGAUAUCUGAAACUGGUAUAAAUUAACUUUUGAAUUGUUUUGGACUCUUCAGCAAAUCUAAAAAUUCUCGGUGCUGUUGUGCAUAACAAAGUGUAAACAAUACAUUUUUUUGCUAAAUAUUAGGAGGUACUCAAGUCCUUGCAGUAGGUAGGGUAACAAAAUUCUUCUGGCUGGCUGUAGGGUGAGAAGACUCCCCAGAAAACAAGAGUGAAUGGUAUGUCUUAAAACAUACCUACCUUAAGCCUGCUUAAGUAGGCUUAUGCCAUUGUUGUCCUGAGACUUGGCUGGAGCCACACCACUGUGCCUGGAGAGAAGGAACUAAUGACAAGUAGCUGGAGAUGAGGUUUCUGCGAAAAAUGUUAUUAAAAUAGCCAUGGAGAGGGAAUGAAAAGAAAACAAGAUUGUUCACUCUGUCAAAUGGUAUUUAGUCAUGGGAACCUGAUGUCACACUGGCUGAAAGAACAAGGUUAGGAUACCCAGAAUGGCUGUUCAGGUGGCUGCUUAUUCAAGCAGGCAGCUUUCAGGUUAUCUGGGCUGCCACACAGCGAGGAACUCCUGGCCCUCUUCUAUUAAUGAAGCUUUUGUUGUUGUUGAUGAUGUUCUGCUUUGCCAUCUGUGUUAAAAGGAAUGGUUUUGCCUUGGUGUUUGUUUAGCACUGCGUAGAGAGUGACUAAAUACACAAAAUGCUGUUCUGUUCCAGCACCCCACAGUUACUGAAGCAUUCCUAAACAAUCCAGUAGCCCUUUCCAGGAGCUGGUCAGGUCAGGCUGGCUGCAGUGUAUAUGUCUUUGGAAAAAGUGCCUAGUGGGGGUCUUACUAGCCAGAAGAGAACUGUGGAUUGCCACAGCAGGGGAAGGAUUUUUCCUCAUGACCUUCCAAAUGCUAGGGGAGUUAGAAUGAAUCUUCCUUAGCUCCGUUUUUAGUUAGUGCGGCAGAAACUGCUAGGACAGGAUUCUGCACCACAGUAUUUCUGUUCUGCCUUUGUUUUACAGCAUUUUUACAGCUCACUUGUUACAAACAGGAAAAUAUCUAGUUAAAAAAAGAAAGUGAUGAAGUGCAAAUACCUGACAUGCUCUGUUGUCUGUUCCCUGCUGCUGUGGACUGUGAUAAGUUGCUGUCUUGCUCUGUUGGCUGAAAGGGACUGGUGAUGUGCAAAUGGUGAUAAAACUUCCAGAUGUUUGGUAUGUUUUUAGACCUGCAAUACCUUAUUUUGCUUAAGCUUUAUUUCUUUUCUUGUGUACAUACAUGGCUCAAAGAAUGUGCAGUUGAUUCUUCCUUGCAUCCCCACUGCAUAUAUGUGUAGACAAAAGGAAGAGCUGAAGUUGCAUCCUUACUGUGAAAAUCCACAGAAAGCCCAUUCCACAAAUCAGCUUUUUACCAGGACACUUACACUACCAGGACAUCUAUAAUCAUCCAGAUGCAGAGACUGCUUUGGUACUUCUAUCCUUUUUACUUUGAUAUCAUCUUACAAGCUCUAGAAUGAAGAUAGCUGUAAAGCAGCUGGAGAAUGGAAAAUAUCUGUUAAAAAUCCAAUGUGACAUGUUCAUCCUGGAUAGGAAUGUGCUUCUCAGUUAUACAACUAUCAUUCUGUAUUUUAACUGCAUUUACAAGACUUGUCUUGUUACCUUCCUGGGAGUUCACACUCGUAAGGUUAUUUGACAGUCCCUCAGGCUAUAAAUUAUGGGCAUUUGCCUACUGAAGUGUGAUUUAUUGUUUUUAUAAAAAUGCCCAACCCUUACAUCCCAUGUUUAGCUGGAAAGAGGCUUCUUUGUGCACCAGACUUUAAAUUGUGAGCAGCCAUUUACUUACUGCUUUUGCUUCUUUGGAUCGUGUUGUUCAGGGAUCUCGAUUCACUCCUCUCACCAUGAAGAGUUUUGCUCUCCUUUUCCUAGUUGUGAUCUGUGGCAUGGGAGGACUGGGGCAGAAGCUGAAGCCAAAGAAAAGAAGCAAUGGUGAAGAAAUCAGAUUUCGGACUAAAACCAAAGAUGUUUGCACAAUAACCAUGAGUGGCGAUGACGAGGAGAUGAAACUUAGAAUUGAAUGCAAAAGCCAAGGCUUGUCCUACUGGUGUGAAUUCACUGGCAAGCCAUCAGUCUGUCGUGCUUUCAGAAAUAAUCCAAAGAUUUACUGGAAUCAGAUUGCCGCAGAGCUCAGAAAGGCCCCGCACGCUUGCGAAUCCAUGGAAGUGUUGAAGACCACCAUGUGCCAAAAGGCUCCCCCAGAGGCUCUCAUGAGGCAGAUAGCUGCUGGUGUGGAGCCAGAAGAUCUAGCAGACCAGGAAAAAUCAGUCCGGAAAGCUUCCAUUCCUAUGGGAGAAGCAGGGCAAAACUCUGACCUGACCCAACAUGGUCAAGGGUCUGAAAAUGAAACAGAAGCAAUGAAACUGGCACGGGAACACUGCUGGGAAUCUCUGCAUGGUGUCUGCUCCUACAUCAUUGGCAUCCUUAGGGGUUAAGGAUUUGCUUCAGGUAAAACUGAUCUGGAAGCACAGUAGACUAUACCUAAGAAUGAUUCUGUUCAUUUUUUUUUUUUGUUUGGGGGUCUCCAGGAUGUGGACAGCGAGGUGCUAAGCUCACUUGCUAAAAUCUAACUUUACAAGGCUUUUGAGGGGCUGGGCAGCUUAAAUUUCCAGUGAUCCAUAUUGGUUCAGGACUCCCAUCCAGCCUCCUGUGAGGUCUUUGGUAUGUACUGGGAUGUUUGCCCUAUCUGUUGUUAGUCCUGUGGUAUUUCAGUUCUAACUGGUUGAAUUGGGCUAUUUUUUGCCUUCUGUCACUCCUUUCCUCUUGUGCUGCCUUCUGGAUUUAUGCCAGGGAAGUAAGAUAAAUAACAAAUGCAUCAGAUCCAGCCAAAUGCAUCAGUUAGAACAAACUACAUUGAGACUGAGGGAAUAAAGCUUAUUCGUUAAAACUGCUGGUUAAUAAUGAAAUAUUUUAAUCUAAAAAAUUAGUUCAUAAAUCCCUUGCAGAAAACCCAAGUGGACUGUUUUGGUUUGUGAGUCUGUUACUGUAGAGGCAAUAGGGGAUCCCAUGCAGGCACUUGUGUUGUAAGUCUCAGGUUUUCAGCCAGCAUUUAAAAAGGCAAAGCCCUUUAUUGCAGAAGUGAUUUGUUUUGUAUCCACUUCUGUUCCAGCUCAGACAGAAAGCCAGGAGCUGAUAAGUGGAGCUGGCAAACUUGAAAGAAAUGGGAAUAUCUGCAGUGUGAGCUGGCUAGCAUUUAGGCU